CUGGUGAACACUCAAAACUGAAAGUCAAGCUACCACUCCUGCAUUGCUUUUGUUGUUACUCAAUACAAAAACCUAUGAUUUUAUGAUCAAUCAUCAAAAAAUGAAAAACAUUACUACCCUUCUUUUGAUUAUUUCCGUUUUUACUCUGCUCAGCUUUCCGACCAGUACGGAAGCUGAUUACCUGACUCAACUCUGCCCAAACACCACCACCUUCACCCCAAACUCCACCUUCCAGUCCAAUCUCAACCGCCUCCUCUCCGCCCUCUCCUCCAACGCUAACCGCUCCACCGGUUUCUACAACGCCACAGUCCAAACCACAAACAACGCCGUCUACGGCCUUUUCCUCUGCCGCGGCGACGUCGUGGGCACCGACGCUUGCGAAACCUGUGUCGCCACCGCAAUCGCCGAGGCCCCACAACUCUGCUCCUUUAAAAAACAGGUGGUGAUCUGGUACGACGACUGCAUGCUACGCUAUUCCAACGAGUCAUUCUUCUCCACCGCCUCCCCGUUGACCCCCCUGUACAUGUGGGACAAGGGUAACGCCACCGACCAGACUCGGUUCGACCAGGUGGUGGCGACGAGUAUGAACGAGGUGGCUACCGAGGCUGCCAACGACGCCAACAAGUUCGCUACAAAAAAAGAGAACGUCAGUGAUCUGAUUCACCUGUACAUCCUUGGACAGUGCACACAGGACCUGUCCGCGCCUGCUUGCGACUAUUGCAUUAGGCUUGUCAUAGUGGAAUGGAUGAUUUGUUGUAGAACAAAGCUAGCGGUACGCCUUCUGCAUCCGAGUUGUAACGUUAGGUAUGCAAACUACCCCUUCUACGCCCAGAACGCCACAGCCCCUGAGCCUGCACCAGGGGCUCCUCCUCCUCCGCCUAAAGGAAAAAGCAAAAUCCCAACUGUUACAGUUGUUGCCAUUGUUGUACCAAUAUCUGUAUCUGUGCUACUCAUUGUUGUUGGGUACUGCUGCAUAACUAGGAGAGCAAGAAAGAAGUACAAUCAAGCAGCAGCAGACGAACCAAGCGGUGACAAUGACAUUACUACUGUCGGGUCUUUGCAAUUUGAUUUUGCUGCCAUCCAAGCAGCCACGAACAAUUUCUCCGAUGAUCACAAGUUAGGCGAAGGCGGUUUCGGUAAAGUUUACAAGGGUAUACUUUCAAACGGUCAAGAAGUAGCUGUGAAGAGGCUAUCAAGGAACUCUGACCAAGGCACGGAAGAGUUUAAGAAUGAGAUGGUAUUGGUAGUCAAGCUUCAACACCGAAAUCUGGUUAGGCUAUCGGGAUUCUGCUUGGAAGGCCAAGAAAAGAUUCUUAUUUAUGAAUUUGUGCCCAACAAAAGCCUAGACUGUUUCCUAUUUGACCUUGAGAGACAAGGGCAAUUGGAUUGGUCAAGACGUUACAAGAUUAUUUCAGGAAUUGCUCGAGGAAUCAUGUACCUACAUGAAGAUUCCCGACUUAGAAUUAUACAUCGUGAUCUCAAAGCUAGCAACAUAUUGUUAGAUGGGGAGAUGCAUCCAAAAAUAUCUGAUUUUGGCAUGGCUAGGAUAUUUGGGGUUAAUCAAACUCAAGCAAACACAAAUAGAAUUGUUGGAACAUUUGGUUAUAUGUCUCCCGAGUAUGUAAGACACGGACAUUUUUCUGUCAAGUCCGAUCUAUAUAGUUUUGGUGUUUUAGUGCUAGAAAUCAUCAGUGGCAAGAAGAACAGUGAAUUCUUUCAGACUGAUGCAACUGAGGACCUCAUGAGCCAUGCUUGGAAGUUAUGGAGAGAUGGGGCACCUUUGGAAUUGUUGGAUCCGUGUCUAAGAGACUUUUAUUCGAGGACUGAAGUAAUCAGAUGCAUCCACAUCGGCUUACUUUGUGUUCAGGAAGAUCCAGCUGAUAGGCCGACAAUGCAAUCAGUAGUUCUCAUGCUCAGUAGCUACUCUCUUACUCUGCCAUCACCUCAACAACCAGCAUUUUUUCUCCAAAGCAGAGCAAUGGAAAACAUGUCGGAGGCAACACUGGACUCCACUCAAUCUAUCAUAUGCAGAAACAUCAACUUCAGGCAAUUCAUUUAGUCAUUUCGUCAAAAGAUGGUGGGCACCAAAGCGUCACCAACUAGACAAUCAAGGGGGUCACUUGGAGUUGAUCCCAAACCAUUUUUUUGGCCUUAACAGGGUCAAGUUUGGCUAGGGGACAAAAACAAUUAAUUUUUCUUUUUGUACCUGCAUACUUAGAUUACACACUAAUAAAAUGAUGAAUAAUAACUUAUGCAGUCCCUUUUUAAGGGAAUGAUAUAAAAAUGGGGAUUAGUUUGUGAGGUUCAUUUCAAAUCGAAUUGUUUAUUUUAUAAGUCUUGAUUUAUAGAUUAUUGUUGUAAAAAUUUAUUUCAAUCUGAACCAUUUACCUAUUUAAUUGUCUCGAUGAAGAACAUAGUGUUUGUCAAUUUCUUUGAACUCAAUUAGAUACUUCAAAUAUUUCCAAUUUAUCUAAUAUUUUGCAAGGAUAAUCUAUGAGGUGCAACUUAAAAAUAGACUGUUCAGAUCAUUAAAGUUUGAUGUAGUUGUGUCAAUCCUAACAAUUUGCCUAUUUAAUUGUCUCGAUGAAACUUCAGUGUUUUUUAGAACAUAGUGUUUGUUAAUUCUUUGAACUCAAUUAGAUGCCUCAAAUAUUUACAGUUUAUCUAAUA